AUGCAAGUGAAGCGCGCACCCACGGAAAAGUGUCUCACAUUCAUGAAGCAAUACUCUUUGACGGACUUGAAGUUUAUCACACCAACAACAUUACGAGCAUGGUUCGACAAGGGUUCCCCUUCCGGGAAAGGGAAGUUUGCCAUUGUUGAUGUUCGUGAUUCUGAUUAUAUAGGCGGUCACAUCAAGGGUUGCUACCACUAUCCUGCUGGAAAUUUCCACACCUCAUUGCCACAACUCCAGCAGAAACUCAUUGAAAAUGAGAUUGACGACGUGGUAUUCCAUUGUGCCUUGUCUCAGGUUCGUGGGCCACGGUCGACCUUGAUGUUUUUACGAUCCUUAAAUGAGGUUCAAGACCCUAACGAUAGAGCCUUUUUCGAUAAGCUAAGUGUGUCUGUUUUACAGGGUGGCUUCACGAGCUGGCAGCAAAAGUACGGCUCUGAUACAGAAGUGACAGAGGACUACAUAAAGGACUUGUGGGAGUAG